AUGUUCAAGACACUGACAGAAAAAGUAGACAACAUGGAGACCAACCUUGGUACCAAGUUGUUAUCGGGAAUGGAUGCAGCAAUUGAUACAAAGGUUAAAGCUCUAYUUACUCCCUUCACUGAGAAACUUAAUACAUUAGAGAAGGAGAUAGAAAAGCUGCGACAAAAGAAUGUACCUGCAGAUCCAAAAGAAGUUGCCAAUUCCAAUGCUAAUACUAAUGAAGAAGUCACAAGUAAAGAUAUGUCUUGGAUGGUUCAGAUGAAAACCACAUCCCAGAAUGAUUUACCAAUUUGUGUUGUCAAAACUCUGAAGAAGGCAGGCAAGAAAAAAGCUGACGAGAAAAAGGUUGUUAAAACUGAAAUACAAGUGCCACAUCUUCUUGAUUUAUCUUCAGGRGAAACAUAUACAGAUCCACUACAAUAUGACAUUUUCAAAGGAGUUACUGGAAAUUUAGAUGCAAUCGUAGCAAAGGUUACCAAAUCRACUAAUCCUACACCGCUGCCUAAGCGACAAACAAAGGUGGCACCGACUCAGCUCUUUCCGUUUGUUGGAAAUUCUACAGUGAAGCGCAUCAUCACAGGUGUAACUCCAUCCGUCACCGCAUAUGACCCGUUUGYUGAUGUGGACAAUAGUAAAAUUCAGAAUAUACUUCAUUUCCAACUGGAUACUGAGGAGRAGCCUGAUGGAACCAACGAGUCUAGUGUUGAAUUCUACAACAUUAUUACAACUCCGAGAGAUUCAUGGUCUACWGAUACAUAUGGGUGGUUGACUAGUUCGCAUAUGUGGUGUGCAAUGCAUAUUUUUCAUCAGCRAUCUCUACGUGAGCCAUCUCYGUAUCACUCUCAGCGGAUUGUGUUUUUGGACCARUGGUUUGUCAACAAGCUGGACAGUAACAAUGUGCGUAAAUGGAUUAAUGAGGUUGAAGAUAAAAAGCUGGACAAUUUGGUUCAUGAUAUACUUCAUGAUUGUGACAAUCAAGAAGCUUGGGAUGUAAUCGCAGUUCUAAGCCAUGAUAAUGAAAUGGCAAACAAUGCUGUUUUGGUCAUGUUGAAUACACUGACAGAAAAUGUAGACAACAUGGAGACCAACCUUGGUACCACGUUGUUGUCGGGAGUGGAUGCAGCAAGUGAUACAAAAGUUAAAGCUCUAUUUAUUCCCUACACUCAGAAACUCGCUACAUUAGAGGAGGAGAUAAAAAAGCUGCGAUAA